AACGAUGGUCUCACCGUUGCCACUUGUUGCUCGGACUCACUCAUCUCGUCUUGUGCAUGGAUCCACGAUGAGGAGUUUAUUAUUCAUCGCAGUCGUAUUCUGUGUCACGCCUGUCGUGUGGCCCGCUAAGUAUUUGCCAAAAUGGAAGAAGCAGGCGUGUGAGCUGCCGGCGGUUCAGAGCGAGCAUAGCCACUACGUGUGCGACGACAAGGGCGAGCCUAAGUGUCUGCCCGGCUGGCAGGGAGAUCUUUGCGACGUUCCUAUUUGCAAAAAAGGAUGUGACCCUUUACAGGGAUACUGCAAGCGCCCCGGCGAGUGCCGCUGCAAGCUCGGCUUCUACGGCGACAAGUGCAACAAGUGCAUCCCGCUGCCGGGCUGCCAGCACGGCUCUUGCAACGUCUCUUUCGAAUGCAUCUGCAAAGACGGCUGGGACGGACUCUUUUGCUCUGAACCAAUUUGCCGGUCCGAUUGCCACGCGACGCGCGGCUUCUGCGAGUCGCCGGGCGAGUGCCGCUGCCGACUCGGCUGGGCGGGGCCCACCUGUCGCGCUUGCCAGCCUCUGCCCGGCUGCCAACACGGCUACUGUGACAAACCGCUUGAAUGCAAAUGUCUGCCCGGGUAUACCGGGUUGUUGUGCCAGACUCCAAUCUGCGCAUCGGGCUGCCAUAGCGAGCGUGGUUACUGCCGGCGACCGGGCGAGUGUCGUUGCAAGGUGGGAUGGACGGGGCCCACCUGCACGCAGUGUCACUCGUACCCAGGCUGCGUACACGGUUCCUGCAAUCGCCCAUGGGAGUGCAACUGCGAGCCCGGCUGGGGUGGCAUGCUGUGCGAUGAAGAGCUGAACUACUGUGAGAAGAAUCCAGACACGUGCAAGAACGGCGGCAAAUGCCAAUCCUUAGAAUCAAAUGACGGCCUGUACCGGUGUUCGUGCCCGCCGGGUAUCAGCGGAAGGAACUGCGAGAAUCUUCCCGAGGUCGCUGAUAACACUACGACCUCGGAGUCUGGUGACGUCACCAACGACACCGCUACUAAGGAGCCUAGCAAUGGGGAGAACGAGACUGAAUGAGAGAAAUAGUCUUGAAUCUUAGGAAAUUAGUUUUAAGAGCAAUUUUCUCACAAUCUGCAAACAAAAGACUUGUAAAGCUUACAUCCACCGCAGAAUAAAUCAAGGGAUGAGUUUAUUACGAUCGAUUUAACCAGAGAAAAAAGAAAUUGAAAACGUGCUUCAAAAGCAUCACAUUUGGAAAUAUUAAUUUCAUAUCAUUAGCAAUUGUAGUUGCAAAUAUAAUUAAGAGGUCUGCAGCGAUAGUCAGAUUUAAGUAAACUGUCACACGUUGUUUCUGCGUUAAGGAAGGGGCAAUGCACGAAGCAGGUUUACCUGCAACGCUAUCAAUAAUCGAACCAAAUUAAACAGAUAGGUACAGCGCAAUGCAAUUUUCAUACACCGCAUAAUGAGACGUAAACAUGCAACAUAUUCCUAGUUCCGUUGUUAAUCGACUAUGUAAAUUAAUUUCCAUACAUUGACUGAUUGUGUGCAUUUUUUUAAUUACUUCAUUUCUAGGUAAUUGAACAAAAGGUAUAUGACUGGGGAGUGCGGUAUUUUUUUAACAGCUUCGGAAUCGUAAUUGUGCUUGAGAUGCGACA